CUUGAAUAGGAACCAUUUACAAGGUUAUGCGCCAAACACAGGUAAAUGGGACUAGUUUAGUUUGGGAUACCUGGUCGGCAUGCACAAGUUGUUCACGUGCUGUAUGACGCUAACUCUAAUUCUCUCAACGUUUCUAUGUCUUUAUCUGCAUGUCCAAACAAUUUCGAGAAAGUUGUUAUUGAAAACAUUAGAUAUGCCUCUCUGAUCACUCAUUUUUCAGCAUCUUUGCAUUAAAUUUCUUCUGUUUUUCUUUUGAAGCAGUCUCAUACUCGCCAUAUUAAACUGCCACAUGUCUGUCCAAUGUUUUCCUGAAGCUGUAAGGAAUUCCUCUUGGGAACAGAUUCAGAGGACAAACUUCAGCCCAGGAAUUAAUCAAGUGAGCCUUUGUUUCAUCCACUCUGAGACCCAAAAGGCAGCCCAAGCCUUCCACGGACGAGGGAUACUGGGACUGUAGCGUUUGUACGUUCAAGAACAGCGCAGAGGCUUUCAAAUGCAGUAUGUGUGAUGUCAGGAAGGGCACAUCAACACGGAAGCCACGCCCAGUAUCUCAGUUGGUGGCCCAGCAAGUAACCCAACAAUUUGCAUCACCCACGCAACCAAAGAAGGAGAAAAAAGACAAGGGAGAGAAGGAAAAAAAUGAGAAAGAAACUGUCAGUAAAAAGAACAGUCACAAGAAAACAAGGCCGAGGUUAAAAAAUGUGGAUCGAAGCAGUGCACAGCAUUUGGAAGUGACUGUGGGUGACCUGACAGUCAUUAUUACAGACUUUAAGGAGAAGGCAAGGUCAGCCCCAGCAGCCACUGCUACCUCGAGUACCACUGCUGACCAGCACAGUCUGAGCAGCUCCAGCUCUGACAACACAGAAAAAGGCUUGUCUCAAUCAUCAUCGCCCAGAGGGGAAGGAUCAGUAAAUGGUGAAUCCCACUAAAGUACCAGCUGACCCCUACUUCCUUUACUCGCUCCUUGCUCAACGAUUCAAUGGACAACAUCUCAACAACUUCAGUCCUUGGCGUUCGGUGUUAUCACUGGCAAAUUGGGCUGCGUUCUUCAGUCUUGGUUUCGAUGCUUUCUAAUACUUGCAUACCAACCUGGAACUCCUGCACUGCGGCAUGUUUUUGAGUGUAAUUUUCUAUAACUUAGAUUGGACUGCCUAAGUAAUGUGUUCGAGAACUGAAUUGUGAAGCAGCUGGCUUUAAGUAUUCAGUGCUAUCUUCGGUCAAUUUUCAAUCGACUGCUGCAGUAACAAAACAAUCUCUGAAAAUUGUUUGCCUAGUUAAGUGCACCUGCUGGUACUUGGUGUGGUUAAAUAGGAAAAGCAUUCUCAAGCAUUUGUAUAAAUUCUUGCCAACGUUUUUUCAACACUUGUUAUUUGGAUGGGAAGAAAACACUUAGCCAUUAAAAUUGUGGCAUUACCAAUGUCCACUGUCAUUCAUUUCAGUAAGUUACAGUUUUAAUAUGUAGUUUUGGGCUAAUUGACCAGAUUUGACUGAGGAUACAGUCCAUGCUACUUAACUGCAGCCACUCGGGUAAAGGAAUUGAGUUGCUGUAAUAUAUAUAAAAAGGAGGGUCUUUUUGCACCCUUGUCUAAAUGGGGAGGGAACGCAGAAGAGUUGCUUGCGUGACUUUGUAGUUCAUGCAUGUCCUCUCAGCUGAGCACUCCCUGCAAGAAAGGAGGAAACGCUAAUAAUUAGAUGCUUAGUAUUGUCUAAAAGUAGUUUUAAUGGUAUGUGUGGGAAUAGUUUAUGAUGAUGUUGCCAGUUCUGGAAACUUCAAUUAAGGUGUUUUGCUGAUGUUUUGAAUUUGCGACAGUAUUUAUACGUAUUGUUGUAAUAAAUAAGUUAUGCAAGAACACAUUCUAUCUUUGAAGUUCUCUUACUUCUCUACCCUGGUUUUUAAAUAGCCUUCUGUUUGUGUUGUCACUGGCAAAAAUUUUUUUUGUGCUGAACUGCUUCAAAGGCGGUUGGCAGGUGAACAAAAGGAUUUGUGGAAAUGUAUGGUCUGACAUUGAAUUGGUACUAGAUAUGUUUCUGUCCCUUUUUUUUCUACAUCUCAUAUUUUCCAAGCAAUACAAGAAAAAUACCUCACGGGAAUGAAACCAAUUUUUAAAGAAAAGAUAUUACAACUAAAAAAAAAUAGAAACUCAAACAGAUUGGAAGUUAUAUUUAUUACCAGCAGGCAAAACACCUUUUUUUCCGUAGAAAAAUAAAAACUAAAUGGUAACAAAACUAGUGGGUGAUAUGGGGAGGGCCUAGCAACUGUGUGUGGUGUCAGAUAAUGUUCCAAUGUAACAUGCAAUAAGUGGCAUAGACUGUAUUUUCAGAUGUAGGUAUUUGAUACUAAUACCUGUAUUCAGUGAUUAUAGAUUGUUUUACAUGAGAUUUUUAUAUCCUUUAAAGAAAACUCUUGGUGUUCAUGCUGAUUUGUGUAGUGUUUGGUAUAUAUUUGAUUUCUAUCAGAAAAAAAAACAACUCACAAUUAAAAGAUAUUUGAAUUAUAAA